AUGGCUGGCCCAGGCGGUGGUCCCCCUCGACGCAGUCACACCAAGUCCCGCAAGGGCUGUGACAACUGCAAGCGCCGCCACAUCCGCUGUGAUGAAAACUUUCCGCAAUGCCGCAACUGCACGAAGCACAAGGUCCGGUGCCCGUACAACGACGUUCCUGUCCCUGACGACAGGUCCGCCACGCCGGACAAGCCCGACUUGAUGUGGAAUCCAGAAAUCGAGGCCGCCAUCGAACAGUGGCAGCUCACCGGAGUCUUCCCUUUCCCCAGCCUCAACAUCUACCCAACGCCGGCCCCUCAGUACUUUUCCGUCGAGGAUCUGAGGUUGAUCUACCACGUCGCUGCCAUCUGCCAUGAGCUCGGCGCAAUCGACGCCAACGGUUUCACCCUGUGGACCCGCCAGAUUCCUACUAUUCUGAAAAUCGGCGCCACGCAUGGCUACGUCAUGCACGCCCUGCUCGCCUUCUCAGCGAUGCACAUUGCCUUCCUGACGGACUGCCCAAUGGUUGGUAACAUGGCCUACGAGCACAGGGGGAUCGCCCUCAAAGGCCUGCACGAAGCCAUCGGCUCCUUUUCGCGUGACACGUCCGAUGCCGUCCUGGCAGCCUCGCUGGUGCUUUCCUGGCAGGCCACAGAUUGGCGAAGCUGGACUCAACUCAUGCAGGGGACCUCCUCCGUCAUUGAUGCCAUGGAGCCAUGGAAGCAUGAGUCACAGUUUGGAGACUUCAUUGCCGAGAGCAGCACGUUCCCAACGGCGCCCCCUUCUCCGACUCCCGACCACAAGCCUAACCAGCCACGCAAGGAGGACUUGGAUGCUUUCACCCGGACCAUCGCCCAACUCGCCAAGGUCGAGACCCAUUUGAAGCAGAACAAGGAGGAUACGAAGCUCAUCCAGCAGCUGGGCGCGUUCCUGAAGGGUGCCCGAAAGGUCAGCCCCAUUCAAUCCGUGUCAGCCCAGUUCGACCGUCUGCAGCCGCUGAGGACCUGGCUCUUCUGGCUGCCAGUCAUGUGCUUGAAGCAAAACGGCACGUCCCCAAGCGCGUUGGUCGUCAUCGCCCACUACUACACGGCCGCGAUCUUGAUGGAGCGUCUCUUCCCCGAAAUUGGGGCGGCCUACUUUGGCAGCCUUUCUAUUGGACCCGUGGAGGAGAUUGCUCGCCGUCUGCUCUCAAUCAACGUCUCUGGCAGCGCCGAGGGUGACUUGCAAACACCACUAACCCUGAUGGAGUACCCUAUCGACACCGUCAAUGAAUUUCGCCAUCGCAUGGGGUGGAUCCAGCCGGCACGCACGCCCUCGUUCCCCCAGUUCAACCCGCCGAACUUCUACAUGAGCGGGGACGACAUGUCGCAAGGUACACCGCCUUCCACCACCUCGUACAUGCCCUAUGGCGACAACCCGGCUUUCAACUGGAGCACCGAGGAUCUCUCUACUUUGGCAGCACCCGAGCGCGAGCCUGGUAGUGCCAUCAGUCCCUUGACUCUGUCGUCCCCCUUCACGAGCCAACAGUAUCUCAACAUUCCAUCGCCUUCCUAUGGCGGCUACAGCCCCGCUUCGUCCACAUUCGGCGAGGGCUCCAUUGUGUAUAGUGACACUGAGGACUUCGGAUCAUAUGAUGGGGGCUUCACGGGGUAUCCACCUCUUGGCCCUGCGGGAUCCAGCAACUAUGGCGUUGGGACAAUUCCCAUUGAGAGCCGCAUGCACCAGGAUUCUUGCGCAACCCCCUCGGUUCUUUCACCCCAACCCACCCACUUCGCGCCCUCGCCAUAUCUUCAACCGCUGAUGGUGCAUGGAGUCCCUCCUGAGUCAACAACGCCCUUGUCGCUGUCCGCGCCCUCACCUCAAUUCAUGUCGCCUUACCACUUUGAGCCUCGCCAUCACCAUCGACACCACUCAUCCACCUCGUCCAUUCCACUCCAGGCAAAGGGCACAGAGAGGGGGCAUUAG